UACGUUUACCCGUUCUUCUAUUUGAAAAUUUGGGUAUAUUUCGCUAUAACUUAUUCUUUUAUAAUAAAUGGAUCAAUUUAUAUCUCUUCUCUCUCUUCUAAUUUAAAAUGUUUCUCCCGCAAAGUCUGCCUGCCUUCUCUUAACGUAUUUUCCUCCUCUCUCUCUCUCUCUCUCUCUGCUCACUCCUACCAUUUUCUUUCCCUAGAGAAAAGUUUUUCCUGGAAAGAUUCUUGAAACUAUUCUUGCAAUGGGUAAGAUCCGACCCGGACCGGAUCCAAAAGCGGCAUUGGUCUCAGAGAUUUGUUCCCUGUCGAGAUCACCAAUCUCUUGCAUUCACAUCAAUCGCUCGGGUUCAUGUUUCAUCGACUGGUAUCUCAUUCUCGGUGUCCAGGAAGAUGCCGAGGUCAAGCUCAUACGUAAACGAUAUCACAAACUAGCUCUGAAGAUUCAUCCCGAUAAAAACAAUCACCCAAAAGCGGAUAUUGCUUUCAAGCUCAUCCACGAGGCUUAUUUAUGUCUUUCAGACGAAACAAAGAGAAGAUGCUUCAACACAGACCGUCGAAAGAAUACAUGUCUGAAAUGCAGCCGAGUCUCACACAAAACCAAAGAGAACCGCACAGAGACUAAACCGAACCGGUUUUGUCAAACCCUCAGGGACAUUAGGGAUAAGUUCAGAGAAGAGAACAAGGUGAUAGAGAGAUGUCUAAAGACCAACGGUGCAAAUUUCAUGGGGAACCUAACCGAGGAAACCCCGGUUUUUGGUACACCGAAACAGAACCGGUUUAAGAAGGAGUUGCCGGUUUUUAAUCCAUCGGACUACAAGUUAUGUGGUUAUCCACAUGUGAGGAACCGGGUGUUGGAUAAUAACUUGUCGGAUUGGAAGAUGUUCAUGAGAAGCAGAUCCACAUGUGUUCACUCUUCAUGAUGAUGAUAAAGUUUUUUUCAGUUAUUUCUUUUUUACUUAUUCUUUGUCAUUUUAGUAAGCUUUAAUGAAUUAUUUCAUAAUUCAAACUCAUAUAAAACUUUUGAUUACAGGUAAUCACCAUUAGUUAACUCAUACAAAAA